CGGCUUUUGUCCAUUCAAAAACUAUUUUGGUAGCAGACAUAGCUAAAUGUUUAAUCUUGGAUCUUUCCGUGAGAGUCACAUAAGGUGACCAAUCUUCCUUUUCGAUUAAUUCCUUAAUAUAGCUAAUACAAUCUACGGAACGCGAAAUGUUUGCUAUACAAACUAUCCGCAUAGCCGUACUGCUUGCCAUUGUUUUUCUGUUUGAUAAAUGUUCCGGUUAUCCAUCGAUAAGACAAGGAACAACAUCUUAUUGCUUAGGAUGUGGUGAUUCUUGCCAUAAAUGCAAAUACGGUAUUGCGAUGUCGAGCGCUUGCGGCAUUGUGCAAUGCGCAAAGGGGCCCGAUGAAUUGUGCGGAGGACCGCAAAACUAUCUUGGUAUUUGUGCCGAAGGUAUGCAAUGCAGCUGUAAUAAAUGCAUCGGUUGCAGCGCAGAGAAAUUUGAAUGUUCCAAGACAUCGAAUCCUUGUUUGCCCCACAGAAACUCGGAUCGCGAUCUCAAUAUUAGAAAAUGGUCUUCUAUCGCGAUCAAUUGAAAUCGAUUUAUAAAUUUGACAGAGUAUCGUAAUCGAAGGAAGAUUAAACGACAGUUUUACUUCGCCAUUAUUGUUAAAUUAUAUAUAGAUUGAUCGAAUAUUGUAACAUUACCAUAAUGCACCAUCGAGCAAUGCUCAAUCUCCGACUAUUCAACUUAAUUGUAAUAAUAAUAAUUUAAAAUUAUCGAAAUCUACCGAAAAAUUAUUGGCAUUAGUACUUAAGUAUUUAUUUACUUAUACGCGAUCAUUAAGAGAGAGAAAGAGAGAGAGGGAAGAGAAAGAAAACAUAAAAGAUGAUGGUAAAGUUAAAAAAAAAAUAUGUAUAUAUGUGUAUGUGUACAUGAGUGGACGGAGAAAAAUAGAAGAAACGAUCGAAUGAGAGAAGGAACGAUGGAAAGUGAGCGAGAAAAAUGGAAAAGGAGCGGGAAUUCAAAUAAUUUUCGAUUCAAUUAUUUUUUUUUUCUUUUUCUGUUACAAGAAAUAACGAUUAAAAUAUUUGAAAAUUCUUUCGAUGCGGUUCAAUAAUUUGGUUUGAAUUUACAUACACAUACAUGCCCAUUUAUUAUUAAUAAUAAUGAAAAAAUAAAAGAAAACGAUUCAACUGUUGUGAGUACUUCGAAAUAUGAUGAAAAAAUGAGAGCGAGCGAGCGAGCGAGCGAGCGAGAGAGAGAGAGAGAGAGAGAGAGAGAGAGAGAGAGAGAGAAGAAAAUGCCAAACGAAUCGAUGGAUACCAUUAAAACGUUUAAUAAAUUAUCAAAUAUAGUUUGAUUCUGACUUGAUUUCUAAUUUUCUACGGUACUUAAAUACUACGAUAAUAGAAAAAUUAUAUAUUAAACUAUAUAUCAAUCAUUAAGCUAUAUGUUAUACAUUUCGUAAAUAAAAAUAAAACGAAACGUCGAUCAAUCUCGUUAGUAAAUAUA